AUGGCAGUGACCUGGCGUUCAAUUGCAAAUGUAGCUUCAGACUAUAAAGCUUUUUCCAAGAGAACCAAUAAAACAAAACGCUUUCUAUUCCUAAUAAAAUUUCCAUUUUAUGCACCCUUUGUGGAAGAGACUGAGAGACUUGUAAAGUUUGAAGUAUUCAAGAUUAGCAGCAUUUUGGAGCUGGCAGACAUAGCACAAUCAGCGAAAGGCUACGAAUCAGAGGAUGAAAACGCGGGCAGAAAGAGACCGAAGGUCAGUGACGACCGCCCCACCAGCCGGACGACAAUGUACUCCAAACAGGAGUUCCGAGAGCAGUACUGUAUCAACAACAAACAACUGGAUCUGCUGGAAUUGGAAAAGUCCAAGAAGGACAGAUUCCUCGGAUGCCUGUCACAGUACCACAUCGAAAGCCCGUGUUCUAGAACCAACCGAGCGUCAUUUCUAUCCGUUUGUGUCCGGCGGCGAGUGCCCUCCGAUGAGAAUCUCAACACCGAUUAUGCGCCCAUACAGCGGUAUCCCAGAUCGGUAAUAGAAGAUAACGCGGGUUGGCCGCAAAAUUACAGUGUCGAUCAAAUCGCUUCUGUAAGUCGGGGCGGCUCGCUUCCCAGGCCACCUUCUAUUAUACCCUGUCCCGCCCACACACCAAUACCACCGCCUCCCCCGCCACCACCACUCACCAUACCACCGCACAGGACAAAACAUGUAUCCUUCGCUCGCUCGCACACCCUGACGACCUUCGACGACUCAGUGAUGCCCGCAGCCGUUAGCGGAAACCGCUACCGGAACUGCGAGAGGCUGAUCGAUGGACGUGUUGUUAGGCCUGAUAACAAAGCAUACGCGACGCUGCCAAUAAUGUUCCAGCCAUUCGCUCCCUACCCGCAAUUUGUUGCGCCUGCUCCGGUGCAUUACCCUCCAAUCGCACCAAUGUCUGCCCCUAUUCCUGCCACUUCACUGCCGAGACCGACACAGACUGAACCCGCCAAAGUACUAGUCUUAGACACAUUAAAGAAAGGAGUUAUGAGAACACAAGCAACACAAACUGAAGCAAGUUUGGGAAAGAAAACAACAAAUUAUUUGUCUCUCAGUCCAAGAACAAUUAAAAGGGUCAAAAUGGUUGCAGCUGGUGUACAAACAAAUGGUAUCACAGUAGGUGCUCGAAGAUUGACAAAAUCAUUUUCUGAGGUUGGAGGUGAUCGGCUGACGGGCGCUCACGAUGAAGUUGCUGCUGCUAUAGAAAGUAUUAUCGCGGGCGAGCAUGAAAAACUACACAGAACACAAUCAGAGGAACCACCUCGUUCCCCUCAUUCACCCACACCUAUAUCACCAUUACAAAGAGGCGACUCGGAUGACGUCACAUCAUGCUCCAUCAAAUCCGUAGCUUCCUCUCAAAUAGACAAAUCCUCAGAACUUAGUGCACUCCAGAAACAAGCCCAAGAAUAUUUCCAACAAAACUUCCAAUUUAUUCACGAGAGCGAUAGAGAUGACACUAUUGAUGAUGACAUCGAAAACAUAGAAAAAAGUAUGGCGUUAAACAGACGGAAUUUAGAAUAUUUACAACAAGAGAUUGCUAAACAGGCGAAAAUCGAUAAAUCAUUAAGAUCGAUAUUAUCAAAGAGCACAAGUGACGCUUCGCAAAAGACCACAAAUUCCCAUCCAUUAUCUAAGACAUCGACAUUUCAAUCAGAACCAUCCACUGAGACAUCAGUGACGACUACUGACGAUAGUGAGAAAAAUGAAAAGGAAAUUAUCAUUGAUUUUGAGCCAAGGCCUGAUGAUGAAGCCAUUCCUUUCACAACACUUCGAAGGAAAAGCAAGAGAAUUCUCCAAAAAACUUUGUCGGAAGGAGAAAUUUUGCUAGAUGCGCGAAAAAAUGAAAUUUCAUGUAGCGAUGGUGGAAAGGAUGCACCAAUAAUUAUGUCCACAAGUCAAGAAAAUAUGACUAGAGAAGAUCGAGAAAGAGAAGCUACAUAUAAACAGUACAUUACUCAAAAUUAUGACGAAACACCAAUUAAGGAUGAAGGCAUCUUUCCAUUUGAACCCGAUGGAUCCUUUAGUUCUUCAGAAGGCAAUGCUCCAUAUGAAGACUUUCAUGAAAAAUAUAUUAGUUACAAGCAUGAUUCAUUUAGAAUUCGGAGCGUUAGCUUUGAAGAUAAAACAGAAAGUAUUGACCGAGAGGAUAAUCUCCAAGACAGUACAGCGAAAUCGAGUCCUACUUCACCGGAAGUAGAAAAACAAGAGAUAGAUGAAGAAGAAAAAGAGAAAAAGAUCCCGUCAGCGAAUAGUCUAACUAAAAUUCUUGCACCGUUAGAAAAAAAAUCACCCUCAGCAUCCAAUGAAUCGCUGACUGUCGAUCAUAGCAGAGACCACUCUGACGGGUUAUGGAACGAAUCUCAAACGACUAUAUUGCAAAUAGACUCUGGGACAGAAAACGGAACAGUCAUCAGUUCGUCCGACCUUAGCUCAUUGGCCGCUUCUCCUGGAGCAUUAGCAUUAUUAACACCAACAUCACGAAGAAAACAACUGCUUUUAUUACAGCAUCAACAAAGAUCCUCGUUAGAUACUGAUGCCUUGGAUGAAGAAUUUGAUGCUUCCCAAAGUCAAUCACCAACCUCUCCAAGAAAUAAAUUGGAUACAUCAGGUUCAAGCUCCAUUCAACACAGACCAUCUCUAUCACCUCCGGCCGUAGUGCCAAACAUUCCAUUGCCCAUGUUGCCUAUUACAAAACAACCAAUAUCAAAAACAUCUCCAAUACAACACUCAAAGGCAAAUCAUACUCCUGCCAUUGCAAUCACUCAUCCAAGCUUAGACCUCAGCGACGUCCCGUUUAAGCGUACCCCAAGUUUAAUUAACAAGAAGCGAGAGCGGGCACUUAGUCCUUCUAGAAGACAGGAAUUACAGAGAAAAUCCCAGCAAAAGGAACCAAACGGUACAAUACCUAACUAUACCGUACAGUCACCACCAGAACCCGUUUUAGCGAAAACUGGGAGUAGUGAGACUAGUCUCGCCAGAACAGACUCGGGAAAGGUUAAUACAGAUGUUUCAGAGAGUACAACUACAGAAGACUAUGUAACAGCGAACUCGGAUAGCUCUAAGAGAAGCAAUAGUAAAAAUCAAAAUAACAGUUCAGAAAACAAUAAUAAGGCCCAAGAGGGGUCAUCAUUUGAGAGCGCAUCUAGUUUGUAUUCGUCUACUAAAACUGAUAAUAUAACAGAAGAUUUAAUUCUGCCAAGUUUUUCACCGCCCUUAGAGAUAAGCGAUGAUUUUAUUGUACCUAAUUUAACUUCACCACCACAAUUACCAGAUAAGAAAUAUAAGCCUUCGGUAGAAAGAAUUGAAGUUAAGGCUGAAAUCAAUCAAUGUGUAGACUAUAUAAGGAAAAAUAAGACUGAACUUAUUAAAAUUAAAGAAGAACUUGCAGCGAAGACGGUUUCUUUAAAACGAGAGACAGGAAGUCUGAAAAGUAGUUCAAGUGGCAGUUAUAGCAUAGGUGGAUCAAGUUCAAACUUAUUAGAAAGUGUAAUUGAUAAAACAAUCGGUGAAAAAAUGAAAGAUUUACCUGAGAAACCUGAACCUGAAGUCGUCAAAGUAAAAAAGGAAAAAAUCAAAGGAAAAGAACAGUUUGUUCCCAAAAAUAUGGGAUCUUUAUCAGACGAUGAACGAAGUGUUCAUUAUUCGUCGUCUGGAUAUUAUGAAAGUCCAAUAGAGGAUGACGAUGACGGUGGAUUAACUUAUAAACACUCGCAAAAAUACAGAUCAACAUGUCGUCCAAGGCUUUGGCUAUCAGAGGAAAAACGAAGAAAAAAGAAAGCCUUCACUUUAGAAUUUUCAAAAUCAUACGAUGACUCUAUUUCUACAUCUCGAGAUGACUGGGGGAAAAAAGAAAAAGAAACCUCUUCAAUCCGAUACGAACGAAGCGCAUUAAAGUCUGCAAUGUCAAAAUCACCUUUAGAAGAAAAGCAAGAAACCCGCAAAAAGAAAACACAUUUCGUGGAGAAGACAAAGAGUUUGCAAUCAUCGCCUAGAGAAACAAUAGACGUCGAAAAAUCUUUAAAAGAAAAAAUGCAAAAAGAAAAGGAUUCAGAUAGAAGGCCCGUAGAAAGAGAAAGAUACGUUAAAAGGACAAAGUUAAAAGCAAAGAGUCCUACACAAAGUAGAACUGUUGAUGUCAGUUAUAGGGGAACGCAAUAUGAAAGAAGAGAAGCAAUUGGGUCUAAUAUGAAACUGCAUUUAAAUAUUCCUACUUCUGAUGAUUCCAGUGAGCAGUACAAGAAAAAUGGCGCAAGUAAUGGGAAUAUAUCUCCCAGAAAACACAGACGCUUACGAGAUAGUCCAAGAAGGAAGACUGGAUCCAAUUCAACCACAAAAUCUCCUACUUCGAAUAACAACCACUGCGGUUACUCUUCAAGACCUAGAAGAAAAAGCGGGUCAAACGAAAGCAUAUCACUCCCCGGAAGUUUGCCUAGAAGGAAACAGUCCAUACCAACAUUGCCUUGUAUGAGUUCUUUGGAAGCGGAAGAUAUUGAAACUGUUCGUGCUCUUAAUGAUGGAUCAAGAUUGACACCGUUAAGAUAUGUCAAAAGCCCAACAUCGCAGCAUCGUAAGCAGGAGAAUGACGGAAAGUUUGCAAAGGCGGCCUCAGCAGAAUCCCUCCGUUCCGUUUCACCAGGCUCGGACUCCGUCUUCUAUUCGGAGCAAACUGAGCACAGCCUUGGGGCGGAAGACGAGGCGAGAGCCCACUGCCUACACUGCGGCAAAGAGGUCCACAUCGUCACAGCCUCGCAUGACGACAGUAGGACCUCUAAGACUUCGCAUACUGAUGAAUCGUAUGCGGACGCGACACCAGACAUAGUUCCUGCCCCAGCUGGCUUUGCUGACUCUCCUUCUUGUAUGUCCACGAAGAAACACGCCAGUGGAGUCCGACUCUACAAAAAGUUAGACAAAAGAUACAGAUCCGAGGAUAAAUCUAGGAACUAUCGGUAUAGGCAGGAUGUUCGAGCGAAGUCGGAAGAACGAGGCAAGGAAGAGUAUGCGACUAGUGAGAAACCUCAGGACGCCCGUAUAGCACGUUCCGCUGGCAACAGUUUGGACAAGCUCGCGGCUAAUGCCAGUGUAGAUCCUGAUGAGCAAGAAGACUAUUCUGGAAGUUCUGAGGGUGCUGAAGGUCGGACCGAGCGCGGAGUAUACGCAACUCCCUGGUGGUGUGGAAACUGGAUACUACUCUCUGAAACUGAUGAGCAUUGGACUAGGAUUCCACCAGAUGUUACCGUAGCAUCAGAAGGCCAGGAAGAUCCGACGGAGUCUGAGAGCGAGUUCAACAAACGCUACGUUGCGCUCACGCAUCGCCUCGUACAUCGACGGGCCUGCAUCGAACUGAAUAAACGACAGUCGAACAAUACGUUUGAACAGAUUCCUAGACAAUGGCAAACCUCGCACAUAAUUCUUAUAUACAAAAAAGGCUCAAAGGAAGACUUAUCCAACUAUAGACCAAUAAGCCUGAUGUCAAACAUAUAUAAGGUUUUCUCCAAGAUAUUACUAGAUCGAUUAAGCACCACAUUAGACGAGAGCCAACCAAUGGAACAGGCCGGAUUUAGGAAAAACUUCGCAACGAUAGAUCAUAUACACACAGUCAAACAAAUCAUAGAAAAAUACAGUGAAUAUAACAAAACAGUGUAUAUGGCUUUUAUAGAUUACACCAAAGCUUUUGACAGCAUCAAACAUGAAGUGAUAUGGGAAAGCUUAGAAAACCAAGGAGUAUCCGGGGCCUAUAUAAACAUCAUAAAACAAAUAUAUGCUAACUGCAAUGCAAGAAUACAAAUGGAAACACUCGGAAAGACAUUUAAAAUCGAAAGAGGUGUCAGACAAGGGGACCCAUUAUCUCCCAAGCUAUUUUCUGCUGUGCUUGAAAACAUAUUCCGAAAACUAGAAUGGAAUGAAUUUGGACUAAAUAUUGAUGGGAGAAAACUACAUCAUCUUCGAUUUGCAGACGACAUUGUAUUGUUCGAAGAGAACCCUCAUAAACUUGGAGAAAUGAUACAAGACUUAAACAAAGAAAGUGAGAAAGUAGGCCUGAAAAUGAACACAAGCAAAACAAAGCUACUAUCAAAUUCAGUCCCAUACGAAAUAAAACUUAAUAAUCAACCUCUAGAAUACGUUGAAGAGUACAUUUAUCUGGGGCAAAUUAUCUCUCUAACUGAUAUAACCACCAAAGAGAUCAAAAGAAGAAUAGCAAAUGGAUGGAAAAGAUAUUGGUCACUGAGGGAGAUCAUGAAAACAACAGAUUUCAGCAAAAAAUAA